AUGUUCCAUGUGCACGCGAUCGCGGCGGACGUGCGGGACCCCGCGGCCGUCGCCACCGCGGUGGACGAUUGCGUCGCGACCCUCGGACUACCGGACAUCGUCGUUAACAACGCGGCGGGAAACUUCGUCUCUCCGACGGAGCGUCUGUCGCCGAAGGGAUGGCGCGCCGUCACAGACAUAGUGCUGAACGGGACGGCCUAUGUCGUGCUGGACGUCGGGAAGAGACUGAUCGAGGCGCAGAAAGGUGGCGUGUUCCUUGCCAUCACAACCACAUACACGCAGCACGGUUCCGGUUUCGUCGUCCCGAGUGCAGCUGCGAAAGCCGGCGUGGAGGCCUUGUACAGGUCGCUGGCGUCAGAGUGGGGUCGUUACGGAAUGAGAUUUAACUGCAUAGCUCCGGGACCCAUCGAGACCAAGGGGGCGUUCAGCAGGCUUGACCCGACGGGGCGCUUCCGUAAGCUGAUGCUGUCUCGUAUUCCCGCGGGACGCAUGGGGGAGGUGGAGGAACUCGCUAACCUAGCAUCCUACCUUGUCAGCGACUACUCCACAUGGAUGAGUGGAUCGGUAAGCUAA